GCCCAGUCCAUCCCCAAUCCCCUUCUUCCCCAUGCGGCGCCAUGGCGGCAGGACUGCAGGGUCGCCGCGUGCGCCGGCGACGCCAAGCACGCAGCGUCGCCGUCGUGCCUUCGCGCGGUUCCACGGUGGUCGCCGACGCGAAGUCGGCGGAGGGCGGGAGGGGAGGCGCCUAGCCCGGUCGAGUACGAGCUGGAGCCUCGCCGCCGGCAACCUCGCAGACGGAGCGCGCCGCCGCGGAGCUCCGACAGUUCUUCGAAAUGCCGAUGAACUUCAGUGGAGAAGUAGAGCGCAACUUGAUCAUCGUCGAGGAAAUGGAUUAGAGCAAUCACAGAAGCCUGGGACAGUCUGAAAACGGACCAAAAGCGCGUCAUCAUUGUAGCCGAAAACCAAAAAGAGGACCGCGCAGCCCAAAGUAAGCUCUUUGCCAAUGAGGCCCAAAAAAGUGGGCUUUUGUCAUUGCUUUCAGAUAGAGUGGUAAACCUGGACGUUCGAUGACUUGAUGUUGAAUAUAGUCCCGUCUUUCCAGUUCGUACUCGCACGUCGUCUCACUGGAUGCACAAACACAUGAACAGAACACGCCACUAACCCGUGGCUUGUUUUAUUACCGUGGAUAUUGUGUGGACCGUGCGACGCGCUCAAGG